UCUGUUUGACAGCCCCGCCGUCUGUUGGUCAACAACUACUCGGCGGUUGCUGAGGACCGCCUACGAGCUCUGCCAUAGGGCGCGCCGGAGGACGGGGCGCGGCGGGGGACACGGCGGCCGCGGCGGGGUUCGCUCGGGCGGCGGCGGCGGCAGGAGCAGCGGUAGGAGCGGCGGCGGCGGCCGCUACGGGAUCGCCUUCAUCCCGUUGCUCUGCCCUUUCUUCCUCCUCUUUUCCUUCUCAGCGAGGGCUCGUUGCACUUCCCCCCUAACGGCGACCCGCUCCUACGGUCCCGAAGAGCUGGGAAGGCGGAAGUAAAGGCAUGACUUCCAGGCGCCGCAGGGAAAACAGGGUGCAAGCCCAGAAACUGUUUCCCCACCACCACCUGUUGAGAAACUGAGUCGAAGGCGUCUGAAGAAACGCAAAGUCGCCAGGAUCGGAUGCUUCUGUAGUAUUGCAGCGGAAAACCGUCACUACUUAAUAUCAAGGAAAAACAGAAAAGAAAAAAAAAAAACCAACUGGAAAUUAAGCCGCCAACAUCAUCGCCUCUCUGUGCGGCGGUGAUUUGCAUCGGCAGUAUCAAGAACAGACCUUUCAAGUUAAAAGAUCAGAAAAAGUUAAGGCUUCACAUGAGGACAAGAAUUGCAGUUCCCUUUUCUAAGAACCUUAUUCAGAGACAAAAUGGAACGAUUUGUUGUAACAGCACCACCUGCUCGAAAUCGUUCUAAGACUGCUUUGUAUGUAACCCCUCUGGAUCGAGUCACUGAAUUUGGAGGUGAGCUUCAUGAAGAUGGAGGAAAACUCUUCUGCACUUCUUGCAAUGUGGUGCUGAAUCAUGUUCGCAAGUCUGCCAUUAGUGACCACCUCAAGUCAAAGACUCAUACAAAGAGGAAGGCAGAAUUUGAAGAGCAAAAUGUGAGAAAGAAGCAGAGGCCCCUGACUGCAUCUCUUCAGUGCAACAGUACUGCGCAGACAGAGAAAGUCAGUGUUAUCCAGGACUUUGUGAAAAUGUGCCUGGAAGCCAACAUCCCCCUGGAGAAGGCUGAUCAUCCAGCGGUCCGAGCAUUCCUGUCUCGACACGUGAAGAACGGAGGAUCCAUACCUAAGUCAGACCAGCUGAGGAGAGCAUAUCUGCCUGAUGGAUAUGAGAAUGAGAAUCAACUCCUCAACUCACAAGAUUGCUGACAAGGCAGUUAUGACCAUUGUGAUCAAGAUAAAUAAUGUGGAGUAUUAAAGUUAAUGUGUUGAUUGUGUGGUUCAUUUUUAUAUUUAUUUCAUUUUAAAUCAUGUGAUAAAGAAUAGUUUUGCAAUGUGUAUAUAGUUGUAGGCAAAAGAGAGAAACCUCACUGCAAAACUUACUGCUAAUUUUAAGUCACCGAUGGUAUAAAGUAAAACUUAGCUAUAGAGUGUAUUUGGCUAUCUGAAACCUGGUGGUUAUCUUUAAAACUGACGGAUGUUCUCCUGAGAUGUUUGUGCAUGGAAGAACUUCCCUGCAUUGUAGCCCUUUUGCCAUGUAUGAUUUUUUUUCUUGUGAGGUUACGUAAUUAUUUGGAUAGAGAAUUAGCCUAGAAAAUUGAAGCUGCUUCCAGGCUAUACCUUUCACAGGACCUUAAAGAAGUUCAAAUUCUUUUCAAAAUAGAAUAGUAGGCCAGAAGUGUUCUUAGAGCUUGAGAUCUCUAGGAGAAAUGACUGUUCAAAUUACUUUCUACUUGUAUGUGAAAUAAUUGCCUAACCUUCACUUCCUCUUGGUCUUUUUCUCCUUUUUAAAAGACAUGUAUUUAGUAGCAGCUUCAAGUUACCAAAAGACUAAAAUCUCUCUUAAUGUCUUUGCCAAAAGCCAUGGGGGAUUUUGCAGUGAUGAGAUUUUAGUCUUGAACUAUGAAGAAUUUUGAAACUAUAGUUUUCAUGUUAAAUACCAUCCUGGAUUUGCAAACUUUUUAUGUCUUGGUAUUAAGACUACAAUACUGAUCUUUAAAUUUAAAUACACUGUGGUUCCGUUUUCUCUUUUUACAGGGAAUUAGUUACUUUUUGGCUGACAACAAAUAAGAAAAUUGCUUUCUAUACAUUCUUUCCAUAAGAUUUUGUAAGAGUUUAUUUAGGUAAAUAGACUAGACAUAAGUUUUAGUUUCACUUUUACUGCUUUGCCUCUGGUGGUGCAGGUUUUAAAACUUGGAUGCUAAACAGUCCAGAAAAGGAGGCAAGAAUUUUAUAGUAAAAAUAAAGCAGGAUGCUAAGUCAGGAAAUAAUCAGUUCUGUUAAAGGUCAACCAUGUUUAGGUUCUCUGAACCUCACUGUUCUGUAAGCUUAUUAGAAGUAAGUUAGCUCAGAUAAGUCGUCUUCAUCAGAUCCGAAUUAUAUUUUUUAAAAUUUUAGUAACUGAAGACUUAGAUUAGAGCUUUAAUAUUAAAAAAAAUCAAAUAGUUGAAACAUUGAAGUUAUAUUUCUAUUUUAAACCAGUGGCAAGAUGCCCUGCUUGUGACUUGGAGUUAUCUUUGAGGUCAUUGUGCCGCAAAUUUCCAUUAAACAAAAAGCCAAAGUUAAUAGAAAAAUUAAUUAGUGGGUUUUGUGUUUUGAUUUCUCCCACCCCCCCCCGACACAGGGUCUUUCUACAUAGCCCUGGCUGUCCUGGAAUUCACAGGAGGCUAGCCUCGAGACCCACCUGCCUCUUUCCCUCCUGAGCGCUGGGAUUAACGGCGUGUACUGUCACGCCCAGCAAUAAUUUUUGUUUCUAAGAACAGCUUGUCUUAUGGGUCUUACAGAUUUAACAUUCCCAAUUCAGGUUGUCAGAGUGACCACUUGCUUUGUUUUUUAUUUUUAGAAGCCUGCUAUGGAAGAAAAAAAAAUCAGUUCUCCGAAAUUGCAGUUUCUGUUUUCUCAUGUUUGGUUAUAUUCAUGUAGCACAUAAAUGCCUAACUAGUUGUUUACUAACUGCAAUUGGUAAGACACAGAGACCAGCAGCAAAGUCAACAGUGAUUGCUUCCACUUCCUUAAGGAAUUUUCAGGCAACCAUGUUUAAAUUGCCUAAGAUGGUAGGAAAGCUAAGCAAAUAAAAUAAUUGAGUUUUGUACCACUAUUUUCAGAAGAAAAUCAUUUUAAUUUUUCAGGAUUCCAUGUGAUUUGGACUAUUCCCUGUUGUCUGGGACUAUGCACUGUCAGUAAACAUGGCAGAACAGCUUCUAGUAGUCCAGUAACAUGUUGUUGCACUAGGAAAUAAUUCACCUUUGCCUUUCUUACAGUUAUUACUGAUUUCAGUUACUUAGUUCCUAUAGAACUGUUUUUCCAGGCUUGCAAGUAUUCUUCCAUUUUUGAAUCUAGGGGCAGAGUUCAUUCUGUUAGGGUUGUAUCAUGUCCUUAGAAUGAGGUUUCCAUCCCCUUGGGGGAAAGUUAGUAUUAAUGUUUCUUCACCGAUUAUGAACAUUUGUUUCUUGGAACUGGUUAAAUUUGUCUCAUAAAUAAUAACAGUGGUUAUAGUAGCCUGCGCAAACUGGUAAAGAUUUGCAAAACUGAUUGGCAUGUUAGACAAGUGAGAGUGUCUAAGGCGUGUACAAUGGGAGAGAGGCAAAGUGAACUUAUGUACAGAAGAAGCUUUCAAUCUUCCUUAUAUAGUGGUAGUGUGAUGCUAUACUAUUGGACCAAUAACAGCUCCUUUUUAUUAGUUGGAUGCAUUAUCACAAGCUUUGUAAUGUUUCAUUUAUAAUCGGCCUUCAGCACAUGCUUACCUGUUAAUGUUUUCUCAGCGUAUCGUAGUAUGUCUUCCAGACUCUCACUGUAUCCUGACAGUAAAUAGUUUUAGCUUGUUGAAUUUCCUGUUGGUUUCUUUUUCAUUAUCUGUGGCAUAUAGCAAGCCUGAAAGAUAUUGUAAUCAGUUUUUCUUUUACAAAGUGAGAAAUUAGAUUGUGUAUAAGAGCCUAUAUAGUUAUUUUAUCCAUUUCUUUGAUUAAGGCUUUCUAACAUUACUUAGUAAAUGUUCCUUCCAGUUAAUGCCUGUGGCCCUACUGAAUUUUAAGAGACCAGACAACUUUUAACAACUAAAUCUUACUGUUUUAUACAGUAAGUUUGUCUGACUGGGAAUAUUCUGAUGUUAGAUAUAUAGUUGGCAAGAUUCCCAAGCUAAAACCUGGGCCUGAAAGAAUGUACGUGAAUGUUAACAAGUACAUAAAAGCAAAUUAAGUUUAAGGUGACCUAAAACAAAGGCUAAAAACAAGUUUUCAUUUGAUUCUUAGUCUUUGUAAGGGCUCUGUGUUUGACUUACCUCCGCUGCCAUUAAGUGAGGGUAAAUCACCUUAAAAUAACUGAUUUACAUGGAAGGUUAGUUGUAGUCUCCAUCCUAGCUUGCUUUGGCUUUGGUCAGCACUGAUGAAAUGUGAAGUGGCUAUGCUAAACCUUGGUUGAUCUCAACCCAUACUCCCAGACUGCUGAGGUAACUACAGUCUGUUACCUAGUGCUAUUUUACUUGUAUCCAGAAUACUGUAUUAAAAUUUUACUAUGUUAAUUUUCGUA